GUUCGAUCAGUCUAUGAUGAAUGGCUUCUGACAAAAUAAUUGACAAUGAAAUUGAUUAGGCUUUGAGGAAGAACCGCAACAACGAUCAAUAAAAUCAAUAUUAAAGUACCGAUCCAACUUCUCUAGCCGGGGUUAGGAUUAUACCCUUUCUCUUUAUUCCUUUCUCAUUUUACGACACAUGAGCCAAUCUGUAGCAGCAGCAACAAAAACUAGAUUAGCACAAUUAUCACAGCUUUCUUGCCAAAUAUUUUCUAAUGUAUACAAUCCAACAGGUGCACGUACUGGUAACAAGAUCUUGAGGCAACGGUUAAUUGGCCCUACGAUCGCUGCUUAUCAUCCACAAAAACUUGUUCAUUUCCGAGACAUUAGUGCUUUGUAUCCUCAACUUGAACUAAUUGAUAUGGAUGAAAAGGUGCGUCUUGAUGAGAUUGCAAGAAGAAAGAGACGAGGAAAGGGUGCACCAAAGAAAGGACAAGGCAAGCGUGCUACAAAUAAGAAGAAAUAAUUGUUUUAUUUAUACACAUAUAAUUGUACAUAAUAUUUAUAUUAAAAAAAAAAA